CCCCGGGCCCCGGCUCCCGCGCCGUCCCUCCCCGCGGGCCGGGCGCCGCGGCCCCGGCAUGAGGAGCGGGCGAUGAUCCCCGCCAACGCCUCCGCCAGGAAGGGGCCCGAGGGCAAGUACCCGCUGCACUACCUCGUGUGGCACAACCGCCACCGCGAGCUGGAGAAGGAGGUCCGCGCCGGCCAGGUGGACAUUGAACAGCUGGAUCCCCGUGGUCGGACACCCCUGCACCUGGCCACAACACUGGGGCACCUGGAAUGUGCCCGUGUGCUCUUGGCACAUGGUGCAGAUGUGGGCAGGGAGAAUCGCAGUGGUUGGACAGUACUGCAGGAGGCUGUGAGUACCAGGGACCUGGAGCUGGUGCAGCUGGUGCUGCGGUACCGGGACUACCAGCGGGUGGUGAAGCGGCUGGCGGGCAUCCCCAUGCUCCUGGAGAAGCUUCGGAAGGCCCAGGAUUUCUACGUGGAGAUGAAAUGGGAGUUCACUAGCUGGGUGCCCCUGGUGUCCAAGAUCUGCCCUAGUGAUACCUACAAAGUGUGGAAGAGCGGGCAGAACCUGAGGGUGGACACCACACUUCUGGGCUUUGACCAUAUGACCUGGCAGAGAGGGAACCGCAGCUUUGUCUUCAGGGGUCAAGACACAAGCGCAGUGGUCAUGGAAAUUGACCAUGACCGCCGUGUGGUGUACAUGGAGACGCUGGCGCUGGCCGGGCAGGAUCGGGAGCUGCUGCUGGCUGCUGCCCAGCCCACCGAGGAGCAAGUGCUGAGCCGGCUCACUGCGCCUGUGGUCACCACACAGCUUGACACCAAGAACAUCUCCUUUGAGAGGAACAAGACUGGCAUUCUGGGCUGGCGCAGUGAGAAGACAGAGAUGGUGAAUGGGUAUGAAGCCAAGGUAUAUGGGGCCUCCAACGUGGAGCUCAUCACCCGGACACGGACAGAGCAUCUCUCAGAACAACACAAGGGCAAGGUCAAAGGUUGCAAAACACCUCUGCAGUCUUUCUUGGGAAUUGCCGAGCAGCAUGGGGGCCCCAAAAUGGGGUGAACCCUGAUCACCCAGACCCUGAGCCAGGCCAAUCCCACUGCCAUCACUGCAGAGGAAUACUUCAACCCCAACUUUGAGCUUGGCAACCGGGACAUGGGUCGUCCCAUGGAGCUGACCACAAAGACACAGAAGUUCAAGGCCAAGCUGUGGCUGUGUGAGGAGCAUCCCCUGUCCCUGUGUGAGCAGGUGGCUCCCAUCAUUGACCUCAUGGCUGUCAGCAAUGCACUUUUUGCCAAGCUCCGGGACUUCAUCACGCUGCGCCUGCCUCCUGGCUUCCCGGUUAAGAUUGAAAUCCCGAUCUUUCACAUCCUCAACGCCCGCAUCACCUUCGGGAACCUCAAUGGCUGCGAUGAGCCGGUACCCUCAGUGCGCAGCCCCAGCAGUGAGACCCCUUCCCCGGGCAGCGACUCCUCCAGCGUCAGCAGCUCCAGUUCUACCACCUCCUGCCGCGGCUGUGAGAUCUCCCCGGCGUUGUUCGAGGCCCCCCGUGGCUACAGCGUGCUGGGUGGCCAGCGAGAGGCUGCGACUCGCGACGAAGAUGAUGACCUGUUGCAGUUUGCCAUCCAGCAGAGCCUGCUUGAGGCGGGCAGUGAGUAUGACCAGGUCACCAUCUGGGAGGCGCUAACCAACAGCAAGCCAGGCACCCACCCCAUGUCCUAUGAAGACCGCCGACAGGACAGGAGCGCCCCACCCACGCCGCAGCGCCAGCCCGUGGCCCCGGCACCAGUGCCCAGCCCUCGGCCCAGCCCAGGUCCCGGCUCCAGCAGCCACGUGUUCCGGAGCUACGACGAGCAGCUGCGGCUGGCUAUGGAGCUGUCGGCCCAGGAGCAGGAGGAGAGGCGGCGGCGAGCGCGCCAGGAGGAGGAGGAGCUGGAGCGGAUCCUGCGGCUCUCGCUGACCGAACAGUAGCGUCCCCUGCCGGGACCCUCACCCACUCCAUGCAGGACCCGGGUCUGCGCAGCUGCCGAGCUGCUGCUGGAGCCUGGAGCCACGGCGUCGGCGGCGUAGCGGCGCACCAGGCUUGAGAUGCCAGGGGUUUGAUACAGGCGUGGGGUAACUUGCCAAGCCAGAGCCCCGGAGGCACGGCUGUGCUCCCGGCUUUACUGUGCGGUGGCCCCUCCUCCGCUUCUCUGGGCUCCGAUCUGCCCAAGGGCGGAGACAGGUGGUAUUGAAAAGGAAAUGAAUCCUUGAGAGGAGCACCGUCCUGGUCCCUUGCUCCUUCUGGCUGCUCCUCUCUCUUGCUCACUGACCCCUCUCCAGGACACUGCCCCUCAAGCCUUCGCAUCUCAGCUCUUCACCCCCGGGAGGCAGCUGAUUGCCCUGCCCUGCGUGCUGUGUCGCUGCUUCGUCCCAGACACAAACCAGCACAUCAAGGGCCCAGCCCCUCCCCACCCCGGCAUUUCAGCGUCAAGUGCACUUAGCGGGGUGCCCAGCUCCCCCAGCUCCCACACCUGUCCUGUGUCUCAGGGUGGUCCCAGCUUCUCCUUAGGCAGCCAGAAAUCGGAGUCCCCAUGCCCGCAGCACGUUUUUAUUGUGAUCAGGGAGUGUGUCUAAGGUGCCCCCUAGUCUGGGCAAGGCCUGAUUCCCUCCUGGUGCCUUGGGGAGUAGGGGCAGCGUAUUGGCUUGGGGGCGAGCGUCAGACCCGACACAAAGGCAUUGAUCGGGGCCCUGGCACCACCAUCACCACCCACCCCUCCCUAGCAGCUGCUGCUGGCCCUCUGGUCGUGCACCCCUUUUGCCCCCAUCCAGGGGCCGACUAACACCCUUUAUCCAAUGGUGCUAACCCCGGCUUUCCCUGUUCUGCCCUACCCACAUAAAGAAGCACAGGCUGCCCCCUGGGCAGGGGCCCGCCGCACACCCUUUUCCUGGGGCCACCUUCUGGCUGGCUUCUCUGCCAGGGGCUCAGAAAGGGGCACAAAAGGGGGACAAGAAAAGAGCAACAAAGUGAAGCUGUUCUUCCUAUUCCCUUCCCUGAUGCCAGGGGCACCAGACUGAUUCUGAGGCACAAAAUAAAGAGGUUUCAAACCA